AUGGACUUCCUCCAAGGUGCGACCCGCCGGCUGACAUCCCUCCUCCAACAACCACCCCCAGGACCCCGAUUACAGAUCCUCUCCGACAUCCACCUCGAAGUCGGCGAGCAGUACCGCACCUUCACCUUCCCCGCCACCGCGCCCUUCCUCGUCCUCGCCGGCGACACCGGCUACCUGAGCCACUACGAUGGCUACCUCGCCUUCCUCGAGGCCCAGGUGACCCGCUUCGAGCGCGUCUUCCUCGUCCUGGGCAACCACGAAUUCUACAAGGGGAGCUACGAGGAGACCAUCGAGGCGGCGCAGAGGCUGGAGCGCGAACCCUCCCUCCAGGGUAAGGUCGUCCUCCUGCACCGCCGCCGGUGGGACUACGACGGCGACGACGAGAACUUGAAGAACUUGACCAUCCUCGGGUGCACGCUUUGGUCCGCGCUACCGGACGACUCGCGCGAGCUGGUGCAACUGGCCGUCAGCGACUUCAAGCACAUAAAGGACUGGUCGGCGCAGCGGCACCACGACACGCACCUCGAGGAGGUGGCCUGGCUGCGCGGGGAGGUCGAGCGGGUAGCGGGGGAGGAGAAACGACGGGAGGUUCUCGUGGUGACGCACCACGCGCCGUCGAGGAGGGGGGUCGCGAACCCGCACAAGACGGGGAGCCCGUGGUUCGAUGCGUACUCUACCGAGCUGGUGGAUGGAGGGUGGUCGUGGUCGGAGAAGUGGCCCGGGGUGAGGGCGUGGGCGUUUGGGCACACGCACUACUCGGUCGACUUUGUGCGGCGGGGGAUCAGGGUGUAUGCGAACCAGAGGGGGUACGUGCUCCCGAACAGCACGGACGAGAAGAGGGAGAGGGAGCAGCUGGAGGGCAAGGCGGAGAGGAAGCCGCAUGGGUUUGAUCCGGCCGCGAGCGUGCAGCUGUGGUGA